CUCGCUCCUAUUUUAAUCUCAUAUCAGUCCGAAAAAGCUGAUCUCGAAUGCCUCGCCUUUGCCGUAUUUAGUACGUAACCCACGCGAUUGUUCAAAAAUGUGGUGGCGGUUGGUUUUAAUGUUUGUGGUGAUGGAAACAUCGGGCGGUCAAAGGGAGAGAGACUGGAAUUCACCAAAUCCUACUACUUUCAAUAUCGGAGGCGUUUUGAGCAGCAACGAUAGCAAAUUGCUGUUCAAAGAGACUAUAGACCACCUUAACUUCGAUUCAACGUUUGUCCCGAAAGGAGUGACGUACUACAACACGGCAAUUUUGAUGGAUCCAAAUCCCAUUAGGACUGCUUUGAACGUCUGCAAAUAUCUGAUAGCUAGGCAGGUGUACGCGGUUGUGGUUUCACAUCCAUUAAGCGGAGACCUUUCACCAGCUGCGGUCUCUUAUACCAGCGGUUUCUAUCACAUUCCCGUAAUUGGAAUUUCGUCUAGAGAUUCCGCUUUCUCGGAUAAGAAUAUCCACGUCUCCUUUCUAAGAACGGUACCUCCGUACUCUCACCAAGCGGACGUCUGGGUCGAGAUGUUGAAACAUUUCAAUUACAAAAAAGUGAUUUUUAUUCACAGCUCCGACACAGAUGGUCGUGCCCUUCUUGGUCGAUUUCAGACGACCUCGCAAAGUUUGGAGGAUGAUAUCGAAAUCAAAGUUCAGGUGGAAUCAGUUUACGAGUUCGAAACGGGACUAGACAGUUUUAGGGACACGUUGAUUGAAAUUAAAAAUGCCCAGGCAAGGGUAUACCUGAUGUACGCGAGCAAAAACGAUGCUAAAGUGAUAUUUCGAGACGCUGCAGCAUUGAAUAUGACUGACGCUGGUUACGCUUGGAUCGUCACUGAACAAGCAUUGGAAGCUGAGAACGUCCCAGAAGGGAUUUUGGGACUGAAACUUGUUAAUGCGACCAACGAAAGAGCACAUAUUAGGGACAGUAUAUACGUGUUAGCUUCCGCUUUGAGAGACAUGAACCAAACGAAGGAAAUAACGGAAGCCCCAAAAGACUGCGACAAUUCGGGAUCGAUUUGGGAAACCGGACGAGACCUUUUUAAUUUUAUUAGAAAACAGGUGCUGAUAAAUGGCGAAACUGGAAAAGUGGCAUUCGACGACCAGGGGGAUAGAAUAAAUGCCGAAUACAAUAUCGUUAACAUACAAAGGAAAAAGAAAAAAAAUGUCGUUGGAAAAUAUUUCUUUCACAAGGAAAGCAAUAAAAUGCAUCUUACCGUCGACGAAAAGAGCAUAAUUUGGCCGGGACGACAGCUAGUCAAACCCGAAGGUUUUAUGAUUCCAACCCAUCUAAAAGUUCUCACCAUAGAAGAAAAACCGUUCGUUUACGUUAGAAAAAUUGAAGGACCUGGAACGUGCACAGAAGAUGAAAUACCGUGUCCCCAUUUUAAUGAAACUCACGACAUUACCGCAAAAUACUGCUGCAAGGGUUACUGUAUGGACUUGCUUAAGGAACUGUCAAAAAAAAUUAACUUCACCUACAGUUUAGCGUUAUCGCCCGACGGACAGUUUGGUAAUUACAUCAUCAAAAAUACAUCCGGAAGCGGCAAAAAAGAAUGGACAGGUCUCAUUGGCGAGUUGGUAGGGGAACGGGCGGAUAUGAUUGUCGCGCCCUUGACCAUAAAUCCCGAAAGGGCCGAGUUCAUAGAGUUCAGUAAACCUUUCAAAUACCAGGGGAUCACCAUCUUGGAGAAGAAGCCAUCCCGAUCGUCAACGUUGGUGUCAUUCUUGCAACCCUUUAGCAACACGCUCUGGAUUUUAGUAAUGGUUUCCGUCCAUGUAGUAGCAUUAGUUUUGUAUCUGUUGGACAGAUUUUCUCCGUUUGGUAGGUUUAAGCUUGCCAAUACUGAUGGAACAGAAGAAGACGCCCUAAACUUGUCCAGCGCAAUAUGGUUUGCAUGGGGUGUGCUUCUUAACAGCGGAAUUGGUGAAGGUACACCUCGCAGUUUUUCAGCAAGAGUGUUGGGUAUGGUAUGGGCCGGUUUCGCAAUGAUCAUCGUAGCAUCAUACACUGCCAAUCUGGCCGCUUUCCUUGUAUUGGAGAGACCAAAAACCAAACUUACGGGCAUUAAUGACGCAAGACUGCGGAAUACCAUGGAGAACUUAACUUGCGCAACUGUGAAAGGCUCUGCCGUGGAUAUGUAUUUUAGACGGCAAGUUGAACUGUCAAACAUGUACCGAACCAUGGAGGCCAAUAAUUACGAUACGGCUGAAAAAGCGAUUGCAGAUGUUAAAGCAGGAAUUUUAAUGGCAUUUAUAUGGGAUAGUUCUCGAUUGGAGUUUGAAGCGGCACAAGAUUGUGAACUGGUCACUGCUGGCGAACUCUUCGGUCGUUCGGGAUAUGGAAUAGGUUUACAAAAAACUUCGCCUUGGUCAGAUGACGUAACGCUAGCAAUAUUGGAUUUCCAUGAGAGCGGUUUUAUGGAAAGUUUGGACAAUAAGUGGAUACUGCAGGGAAAUACGCAGCAAUGCGAACAGUUUGAGAAAACCCCCAACACGCUGGGACUAAAAAAUAUGGCGGGGGUAUUUAUUCUCGUCGGAGCUGGUAUUGUCGGAGGAAUAGGACUAAUAGUGAUAGAAAUGGCUUACAAAAAGCAUCAAAUCAAAAAGCAGAAGAAAAUGGAGAUCGCCAGACACGCGGCCGAUAAAUGGAGAGGAGCAGUCGAGAAACGCAAAACCUUACGAGCCUCAGCUGUACCACAAAGGAGGAUUAAAUCAAACGGAGUAAAUGAAACGGUGACCAUUUCGCACGUCGUUGACAAGUUCCAAAGGGUGGGCCAAUUAAGCGGCCCAGAAAGGGCGUGGCCUGGCGACACAGAUAUAAGACAAAGACGACCGGAAGAAGGAGGAGCCCAACCAAUUCCCAGAUAUUUACCCGGAUAUACGUGGGACGUGUCCCAUUUAAUUGUUUAAACGUUUAAAAUGUUAUCGCAAAUGUUAUGUUUGAUGUUGCAAACUAUAUUUGUGGUUAGGAGUCCAUAUAUUCAUCUGUUGCUUUUCUAGUGCACCGUAACAAAUAGAUAACAAUAAACACACCAAUUUAAUAAUUAGUAUCUAAUUUAUUUGUUAUUAACAUUAAUAAAUAAUAAAAAAAUAAAAAUCAAA